CCUCUCCCGCUCCGUCUCACACGCACCCUCUGUUUAUUUUCCUGCCUCCAUCUGGGCCCUGCUGAUAUUGUAAUCACCCUGAUGCACGUUGGCUCCUCUCCUCUCCCUCCUGCGCUCACACACUCACUCACACACAAUGUGCCAUCCUGACAAGCCUUUUACUUCUGAUAAGCUCCGAUGUGUGUUUAAUGAAUACAAAGCCGCGGUCUGGGUGCCGCCUCGGCUGCGGCCGCUCUCCUGCGCUCCUUUGCCAGAAGCUGGCGGAGAGAAUUUACAUUUAAAGAUUAGCGGAGAGAGAAAGAGAAAUCUGCCUUUUGUUGUGCGGGGUGAGGAGGAGGCAUGUCCUGGCCUGGCCGCUAUCUCCCAUCACCUCUGCGACCCAGACAGGACUCGGCGAGAUCGGACUGAGAAGCACUCCACGAUGCCAGACUCACCUGUGGAUGUGAAGACCCCGUCUAGGCUGACUCCUCCUACCAUGCCACCUCCCCCCACAACUCAAGGAGCUCCGAGAACGAGUUCAUUUACACCGACGACUUUAACUAAUGGCACGAGCCAUUCACCCACAGCCUUGAAUGGCGCCCCCUCGCCGCCCAAUGGCUUUAGCAAUGGGCCUUCCUCUUCUUCCUCCUCUUCUCUGGCUAAUCAACAGCUGCCCCCAGCCUGUGGCGCCAGGCAGCUCAGUAAGCUGAAACGGUUCCUUACUACCCUGCAGCAGUUUGGCAAUGACAUUUCUCCAGAGAUAGGAGAGAGAGUCCGCACCCUCGUACUAGGACUGGUGAACUCUACUUUGACAAUUGAAGAAUUUCAUUCCAAACUGCAAGAAGCUACUAACUUCCCACUGCGACCUUUUGUCAUCCCAUUUCUGAAGGCCAACCUGCCCCUGCUGCAGCGCGAGCUCCUCCACUGCGCAAGGCUGGCCAAACAGAACCCUGCCCAGUACCUCGCCCAGCAUGAACAGCUGCUUCUGGAUGCCAGCACCACCUCACCUGUUGACUCCUCAGAGCUGCUUCUCGAUGUGAAUGAAAACGGGAAGAGGCGAACUCCAGACAGAACCAAAGAAAAUGGCUUUGACAGAGAGCCUUUGCACUCAGAACAUCCAAGCAAGCGACCAUGCACUAUUAGCCCAGGCCAGCGGUACAGUCCAAAUAACGGCUUAUCCUACCAGCCCAAUGGCCUGCCUCACCCCACCCCACCUCCACCUCAGCAUUACCGUUUGGAUGAUAUGGCCAUUGCCCACCACUACAGGGACUCCUAUCGACACCCCAGCCACAGGGACCUCAGGGACAGAAACAGACCUAUGGGGUUGCAUGGCACACGUCAAGAAGAAAUGAUUGAUCACAGACUAACAGACAGAGAAUGGGCAGAGGAAUGGAAACAUCUUGACCAUCUGCUGAACUGCAUCAUGGACAUGGUGGAGAAGACGCGGCGCUCCCUCACGGUGCUGCGGCGCUGCCAGGAGGCCGACCGCGAGGAGCUCAAUUACUGGAUCCGGCGCUACAGCGACGCCGAGGACCUGAAGAAAGGCGGCGGCGGUGGCGGCGGCCACUCCAGACAGCAGAGUCCGGUCAACCCGGACCCGGUUGCACUAGAUGCGCAUCGGGAAUUCCUUCACAGGCCUGCUUCUGGAUACGUGCCAGAGGAGAUCUGGAAGAAAGCUGAGGAGGCGGUCAACGAGGUGAAGCGCCAGGCGAUGACCGAGCUGCAGAAGGCCGUGUCCGAGGCCGAGCGGAAGGCCCACGACAUGAUCACCACCGAGCGCGCCAAGAUGGAGCGCACGGUGGCCGAGGCCAAGCGGCAGGCGGCGGAGGAUGCGCUGGCCGUCAUCAACCAGCAGGAGGAUUCGAGCGAGAGUUGCUGGAACUGCGGCCGCAAAGCUAGCGAGACGUGCAGCGGCUGUAACACGGCCCGGUACUGUGGCUCAUUUUGCCAGCACAAGGACUGGGAGAAGCACCACCACAUCUGCGGCCAGACCCUGCAGGCCCAGCAGCAGGGGGACACGCCCGCUGUCAGCUCCUCCGUCACGCCCAACAGCGGGGCCGGCAGCCCCAUGGACACACCACCAGCAGCCACCCCGAGGUCGACCACCCCGGGGACCCCCUCUACCAUAGAGACAACCCCUCGCUAGACGGGAACUCAGAACUGUCAGAGGAAAAGACGACACAACCAACACGAAACCAACUCCUCAUCCUCAGAUGCUCAAAGUUGUUGUUUUUUUUUUGUUUGUUUCUAGAUGAACUAUCCUAUUUCAGUCCUUCAGCAAGAGAGAACCCAACUGUAUCUUGAGGCAGUAGUCACACAGAGGGCCAGUAACGGGUCGUAAUGACUUAUUUGUGGAUAACAAAGAUAUCUUUUCCUUAGAGAACUGAAAAGAGAGCAGAGAAUAUAACAUGAAAAUGAUAGAUUUGACCUCCUCCCUGUUAUUUUCCAGUAGCUGGGAUUUUAAACUAGGUGACCUCAUUAACCGAUGCUUUACCAAACAGCAAACCAAGAGAUUGCUAAUUGCUGUUGAAAGCAAAAAUGCUAAUAUUAAAAGUCACAAUGUUCUUUAUAUACAAUAAUGGAAAAAAAAAAAAAGAGGAAAACCCUCAAGGGCAUGAGCAUUGGCUACAGCGGUAGACAUUUUAACAAGAAGAUGAAUGGCGUCCGUGGGUUGCUAACUGAACUUUGAAGACCCGCUACAGAAUGCGCAGAUGUGUAGCAUAUUGAAAGGAGACACAGAUGUUCGUUUUUUUUUUUUUUCCUGUUUCUGAAAAGAAAUAAUAAUAUCCAGGUCAACAGAAUGAAAAAAUGAAAGAUGAUUUGCAGUGGGAUGUAUGAAUACAGCAGCAAGAAAAAAAAUGCCAUAGUACAAAAGGCUCCUUUAUAUAUAUAUAUAUAUAUACACACACAUAUAUAUGUAUAUAUAUAUGCGCGCACACACAUUUAUAUAUAUACACGCACGCACACACACACACACACACACACAGAAGUAAGAGACUCAGCCUGCAGUUAAUUAGCAUUCUGGCAGCUUUGACAUCAGCCAGCUGCCCUAAAUAACCCUUCAUCGUUUCUUCACUUUUCCAAGGUUCCACAGAGUAAGACAUUGGGUCUAUUCCAGCUCACUCAUUUUAUAUUGAAAAAUAAUUUAAAAAAAAAAUGGUGGCUCCAGCUCCAGCCCCUUUCCAAAUUUUUUCAACCCCACCCUGUUUGGAUUUUUAAUUAAAAACUAGUAGUUCUCUUGGUGUUAAAACACUUCUGUCCUGUGAGGUUUCCCAAUGGUGUUUUUCUUGUAAAUGUGUUGGACAAAUGUGAAGAUGCAUUGUAGUUUAACCAUAUGCCCACAUUUAGUCUCUUUAUUCCUAGUUGGUGAGAAACCUGUAUCUUUCUAUGCUGCUUUUAUAUCUGUAUGUAUUAGUGAUAUUUCUCUAGUAGUUCGGAAAAAAAAAAAAAAAAAGGAAAAAAAAAAGACUCUUUUUUUUUUUUUUUUUUUGGUUGUCCUCAAGAAAAGAAAAAAAAGGCUAUCUUUCGGAGCUGCUAUUUCUCUCUUAUAGGAUUUUUUUUCCUGAAAACCAGCAUGCUUCACGGAAUGCUAACAUAUUGGUGUUUUUGUAAGAGGGAUGUACAUAAAUGUAUUUUGCACUGUCACGAUGACUCCCUAGGCAUGCUUUUUUUUUUUUUUUUGAGCAAACUUUUUAAAUAUGCUAGAGCCAUUUCACCAAGUUUAGCUGUAGCAUAGAGUAGUAGUGGAAUUUUCAUUUCCUUUUUUUUUUUUUUUUGGGGAAAAAAUCAUUAAUAGGGACUUUUUAAAAAAAUAAAAUAACGAUAUCCUACUUAAAAAAAAAAGACAGUGCAUGCAUAUUGCUGUAAGGUUGUUUAAGUAUUUCUAAUUUUACAAAAAAAAAAAAAAAAGAUAAAUCAUUAGAGCUCCAAAUGCUGAGGUGUAGACGGACAGCUUUAACACUGCUGAAUGCCAGGUUAUACAGUAUUCUUACAAAAAGGAAAGUCAGCCAAAGACUGAUCUGAUGGACCAAAAUCGGAGUUUUGAAAAGCACCAGUACUACUUUCCAAAUGAUCAGCAGGUUAAACAUGUUCAGCAAGGUAUAGUGUGAAUCCAUUAACCCUUCGUUGUCCAGGGUCCAGACCAGAACUACUUGUUAGUUUUGAAAACAGUAGCCCAGGAUGUGGUUGUGUGCUUUAGAGGAAGUCAGCAGUGCUGCAGGCUGUGUAGACAACCAAAGUUUUCGAGGCUGGGAAGACACUUCUCCACAUACAUACACACACCAGACAAUUACUAUUUAGAAAUCAAAAAUAAUCCAUUAGCUUUGUGUUGGGGUCUUUCUUUUCCUCUUUUCUUUUUUCUUUUUUCUUCUUUUUUUUUUUUUUUUAAUGUCGCCCUCGGAUACCAUUGUAAAUGGCCUUUAAGUAUCUGCAUUGAGACAAUUCUAAAUUGGGUCUCUUUAAAAAAAAAUCUCUAAAACCUAACAUUUUUAGCAUUCCCCCCCCCCCCCCCCGCCUUUUCAUAUACAAGUCAGUUUUCAUUUUGUUUGGGUGGUGUGUUUUUUUUGUUUUGUUUUAAUUUUUGGUUUUUUUGUUUUAACGGCUUUUUAGUUUAGAAACUUUUGAUGAGCAAAUAAAUAACGUCUAUCUGCAUGUUGGAAGUCCAUCUGCCAGCACACCUGCUUUAGAGUGAAAUGAAAGCACAUAACCAGGCUCCGAAUGGGUUAUAUUUUAUCAUGGUGCUCCCAGAAUCCUUUGACCUCACUCUGCUUUCUAGUCUGCUUACGACACUGGACAGUCCUUUCUUAUAGAGCUAUUAUAUGUUCUAGGCUACGAAGGGUUAAAUAAUCCCAAAAAUGAGGUAUGUCAUACCCACACGUCUUUAUCUCUAGAAGCUGUGAUGUAUGUGAAACAGCACUGUUACUCUUAACACUAGUGUGUAAAAUAAGGAUUAGUACAGUACGUCUCAUUCCUUUUAAUUCAGGGCACCCUGAGUGAAAACAAAUACAAAAAAAUCCCUAACU